AUGGAAUCUUUCUUGUCACCAAACCGGGCCUCAAGCCGUCUCGACGACAAAUUCGGUGGAGAAAAUAUUCGUCAGCUUGGCCCCGAACCCAUUCCUCCCUCCGGUCGUCUUCUUACAGCUGUCAUCCUGCCCGAAAAUCAUCUCGGCCACAUAAACUUUCUCCGACCCGUGGACGGCCACCGGAAUCCCCUCGCCGUUGUUGAACACGCUGAUGAAAUUUGCUCCGGCGUCAAUUUCUACCUCCAGCCGGUCCAUGGACGGGUCCCGCUGGCGGUUGUCGGCGGCAUUGACCAAGAUCUCGUCGAAGAUUUUGUAGAGGCCGGGCACGUAUGCAAUGUCCCGAUUUACCAUUUUUCCCCCCUCGAGAACCCAGAGGCUCUGCUUGCUCUUGACGACGGACCCGAUGUAGGUGUCGGGCCGGAGGAGGAUGUGGUGGUGCUGCGUGCGCUUCUGAUAGGUCUCCUCGAUUGUUUUUUCGAGUUCGGGCUUUGA